AAGCGCCCUGCGGCAGCGGCUGUGACAGUUUCGGGCUUGAAGCGCCCGGCGACAGCGAAGAUCGCCACAAAGAAACCAGCUUCACGGCAGGAUUCAGUGUCGUGCCCACACUCCGUGGCAAAUUUUUGGGAGGCGCUGGUGACAAGCCUGGAGCUCCACCUCAAAGUAGAUUUCCAGCGGCAGUUGUUCUCUGGUGACUGCAAGCUUGUGGUAGACAAGCUAAAGCCUGGGGUAUGUGAUGUCGUUCUUGACGUCCUCGAUUUGGCCGUACAUGGCAUCACAGACGAAGAUGGCGAGCCGGUCGGGUGGCAUGUGGAGACGCCUCACGGAUCCAAAGCCAAGUUUGGAAAGGCAUUGUUUGUGACUCUGCCUCCAGGCAAACGAUCCAAGAUUUGCGUGCGCUAUGAGACAACAGAGAAGAGCACGGCAAUUCAGUGGCUAACCAGGGAACAGACCACGGGCCAGAAGCACCCGUUUUGCUUUACACAAAGCUGCGCAAUAUGUGGGCGAUCACUUCUUCCCUGCCAGGACACCCCGUCUGUCAAGGCUACCUUCUCGAUUAGCGUCACGGUCCCAACACCGCUUACGGCUGUGGCAUCCGGAGAACCUGUGGGGGAACCCACGGAGGCAGAUGGUCUGCGCACCUUCACGUACUCACAGAAGGUUCCUGUAAUGUCCUACCUGAUUGCCGUAAUUGUGGCUGAAUUUGAAUCUCGAGUCAUAGGGAAGCGUAGCCGCUGCUACGCUGAGCCAGCCAUCAUGGAGGCAGCCCGGCAGGAAUUCAGCGAAAUCGUGGACACAUUCUUGGAGACCGCUCAACAGGUGAUUGGUGGUGCGGAGUAUGAGUGGGGUAGCUACAACGUGGCGGUGUUGCCUUCCUCUUUUGCCUAUGGGGGCAUGGAAAAUCCUAAUUGCACCUUCUUAAGUGCUUCAUUGAUUCCUGGUGACCGAAGCCUCACAGCCACACUGGCGCACGAGAUUGUUCAUUCAUGGAUCGGGAAUUUGGUGACGAAUGCGUACUGGAAGGACUUUUGGCUGAAUGAAGGCUUCACCCGCUAUAUCGAGCGGAGAAUCCUGGGCAAGAUUCACGGCGCUGCUUUUCGGGGCCUUCUCCUCCUAGUUGGGUACAACGACCUGGUCAAGACCGUCGACAUGUUGAACAAGCAGGGCAGCUCUGGGUUGACACGCUUGGAACCGGACAUCGACGACAUCGACCCGGAUGACGCGUUUUCGCGAGUGCCAUAUGAGAAAGGCUCGCUCUUUCUAUUCUACUUGGAGCAGCUCGUGGGAGGAGAGGAGCCUAUGACGAAGUAUCUGCAGUCUUAUAUCCAGAAGUUCCGCGGCCGCAGUAUCCAAACAAGCGACAUGAAGGCUCAUUUCAUCAAGUUCUUCAAAGGGGUGCGCAAGAUAAAGCAAGUAGACUGGGAGCUUUGGCUUCAUGGUGAAGGGAUCCCCAACUUCGACCUCACGCAUUACGUUGACAGGACCUUGCUCGAGGAGAGCCGGCAGGCGUCAGUUCGCUGGUUGUUGGAAACACCCCAGGAUCUGCAGAUCAUGUCUCUCAAGGCGCAACAGGUGAUGCUGAUUCUGGAUCACCUGAUCAAUGCGCAGGCAGCUGACCAAGGCCUGUCGCAUGAGAAGCUCGCGGCCAUGGAUGCUCAGUAUAAUCUCUCUGGCACCAAGAACGUGGAGAUUGGCUUCAGGUGGUGCCUGCUCGGAUGUCGAAGCAAAUGGCCCGGCUGCCUGCCGGCAACAGAGAGCUUCCUCGCUAGCCACGGCCGGGGCGUGUAUGUGAAGCCAUUAUACAUAGCCUUGAAGGCAUUUGACGCCGCAAGGGCAAAGUCUGUCUUCGACAAGAACUGCCAUUUCUAUAUGACUGUCAUCUCUAGACAGAUCAACUCCAUGCUGAGCGAGUAG